GCCGUCUGUAUGAAAAGCAAACAAGCACAUGCAUUAUGUUUGAUCCCACACUGUAAAAUAUUUAUUUAUCAACAAUAUCAAAAAUGGUGUGUAUAUUUACCUCCAUGACAAAAACCCCACAGCUGGUCCCAUCUUUCUGGAAGGUGUGGGUUAUCGUCCCAGGUUGUCACUUGAUGUUAACCCAGUCUGCUUUGCCAAGUCUAUUCCGGCACAUCUUGAAGUACUGUCUACGGGAAUCAAGGAUCAUUUAUUUUGACUUAUCAAGGUUUGUAUUGUUCCGCUGUAAAAAAUGUUGGUGUAAAAUGUCAGUUUUUAAAAAUACUGAAAAACAAUACUGAAGUCUUUAGCCAGCCUUCAUGGAGUCCACAGCCUCAUUUGACCCUUGCAGAGGAACUUCCACGUUGAAUCAUCUAAAUGGUGUAUUAAAACACUCAGACAAGAUAUGGCAGAAGAAAUUCUCAAAGGAUCAGAUUCAUGGUAUAUGUUCUGCUCCUUCUGUGGAAAUGGGAACCUGCUCCAUCCUGUCAUUGCUGCCCUUUGGACCAGAGAGGAGAGAAGGUCUGGAGAACAGCAUGGCUACUGACCAGGAGCCAACCUACACCGUGAAGCUGCUGCAGCUGCUGCUGCUCUCCACCUACUGGGGGAUGCAAAUCUGGGUCACUUUUAUUUCAAGCUUUAUAAUGGACCACAACUUGAACAGACACACGUAUGGCUUUAUUCAGAGCCGCCUUGUUCCAUUCUACCUCCACCUGGGUUCAGCCUGUGCCUUCUGUAACCUCACAAUCUACGCCGUGUAUCAUCCCAGAGACAUCCUGGACGACAGGGAAUCAUUUCAGAUCUUCAUCUUCUUUGUGUCAGUGACGGUUGCAGCGGUCAACGCUCAGUGGUUUGGCCAAAUGACAUCGGAGAUAAUGGCGGACAUGCAUCUCAUCGAGCAGACGUGUGGACUGGGUCAGGAUAUUGGUCUGUCCUCCAACCGUGAAGCGUACGCCAAGCUUUGUGAGUUGGAUGUGAAAUACAGACACCUCAGCAGACGCCUGUGGCUGUACAGACUGCUGUCCUCUCUGUGUAACCUCUGCUGCAUAGGUUGCAACUUUUACAGUCUCUCGUACAUGGCUGAGAACCUUGUCAAGCUGUAGAGCUGACACACAGCAGCUGGACUCCAAUCUCUACUCCAACACAACUGUGCGAUUUCAUCCGUGUCCGUUGGCAGCAGUGGAUAUAUUUUAUUCCUAAUGUCUUUCUCUCUGUUUCCUCGGGUUUUUACAAGUAAUGAAAGGAACCAGCCGCAUUCAGGGACAGUAACACCUCGUGUCUUGCCUGAGGGUUAUGCAGAGAUGAAUCAGUGACUGAAGUGCCUCACCUUUCACCUAGUUUGGCUGACAGCUGCUUGAAAUUUCUCUUGAUUUACCUUUACCUAUGUAAUAUAGUAUCCUGCCAUUAGCUGAAAUGGUUUGAAUGUUUUUUUAUGCAUUAUUGUAAAUUUGAGAUGGUGUAGGUGUGGUUGGCUUAAUGUAGAUUAUACCAUUUUUUUAAUAUACCUACACACCAGAACCUUUACUGAAGGAAGUCCUUCUGCGUGGUUCCUGCUCUCCCUGUUUGGGUGGAGUUUUGUCUGUUAGUGUUUUGCAGGUUUUUCUGGCUUGCUUUCUUGCCUUUUACGUUUUAGAGUUGAAGGAUGUACUAUCUUUAGCUCUCCUGGCUGCUUGUAGCAGGAGAAAGACUGGGACAAACACUAACAGACAGCAAGCCUCUCCAGAAUAAACCUGUACUGUUGUAGAAGUUACAUGUACAUUUUUUUUUUAUGGAAAGCAUCUUUUGUACAUACAGGUGAAGGAUUUUAGUUUUGUUUGGUUUAUUUAACAGAUUGUUGCAUGUUGGUGUGUUUGUGUUAAAUUGUUAUCUGGUAAACGGAAGUUACACAUCAACAGGUGCCAACGUAUUGUUUUCAUAGGCUGUAUUGGCUGGUGGGAUGUUUUCCAACGUAACAUGUUCGUACUGUUUUUAUUUGUGCUUUAUAUUGUGACGAGAGGGCUGCAUGGGGGCGCAGUUGGUUGCACUGUUGCCUUGCAGCAAGAAGGUCCUGGGUUCGGAAUCCCAGCCGGGGGUCUUUAUGCAUGGAGGCUGUACUCCCCGGGUACUCAAGCUUCCUCCCUCUGUCCAAAAACAUGAUUGUUGGGUUAAUUGGUUUCUCUAAAUUGUCCUUAGGUAUGAAUAUGUGUUUGCAUGGUUAUUUGUCCUAUCUGUGAUAGGAGCAACCUGGAUGGAUUGUGAAGAGAGGAUCUGUGCCUGUCUGCUUUUUCAGAUCUUUCAGGUAGUUUUUUAAAAUAUUUCAAAUGCUCUCAUCCCUGUCCGCUUUGAGUUUUUUUCCUACCCUGGUUUGUGCCUGCCUUGGAUGCACAUCUACUGAAUGUGAGGAGAAGUACCACAAACAGAAACCCUGUCCUGGGAUAUUUGUAGCCAAGUAGACACUGAAAUUUGGCCUGGAAUGGUGAACGUGUUUAAAUAUGCACAUUACUGGCAAAACCAAUGCAAUGUUAUUUGGUAGCUGUUUUAAUUCAUAUGUCUCAUAUGCAAACUUGACUAGUUUAUAUUAUGUAGACAUGUAAUUAUACAUUCAAUUGUUAAUAUUUAUAUCUGUGUUGUAAAGAUAAGAUGAAGGUCAUAGGGUUAUGGUUGAAAAUAUGUUUUGCUUGUUUAUGCUACAUGUCUGCAGUGCACAUCUGGUGAUGCUGUGGGAUUUUUAUCAGCAAAUUCUUAAAACAUAAUCUUUUUUUUUCAUUAAAAACUUUUUAAAAUAAGA